AUGGGGAGUCCAUCAACUGUUUGUGGGGGAAGGCUCCAUGCGAGGAUCAGCGAGGAAACGGUUCCUGAUUGUGCAAGACUUGACGGUAUUCCCCGAAGGAUUGAGAUGCCGUGGAGAUCGUCAGCGAGGUCCCUAGCCCAGGAUGGUCGAUCAGGGAUGACCGAGGAGAUUGUCAAUGCUCUGAAGGAGGGGGUAGGGAUCAGUGAUGCUGUUCGGAUUCUCAUCCCUUCGCCUGACCAGAAGCCGAUGGAUGCUCCCAUCCGGAUGGUUUUGCAUCUACAAUGCUUCCUUACGGAAUUUGGGAUACGCUUCCCCGUCCUUCCAUUGCUCCUCGAAUAUGCAUACGAACGAGGCAUUGCAUUGAGUCAGCUUACUCACGACGCUGUGCGGCAUAUGGUUUUUUCAAUUGCUUUAGCGAAAGCGGCCGGGAUGAGAUUAGACAGGGAGCUCUUUGAACAUAUCACCGACCUUCGUGCCGGGGUUAAGGAAGGGAAUUUUAAGCGCUUCCACACGUCGAUGAAACACGAUAUCAUUUUUGAAAGGGUUACUCCGAGGAAGGUAAAUACUACUUUGAAAGAGAAGUUUAGAACUUUACGUGACCUGAGUAGGGAAACUUGGGCGGAUGUGGUCGCCGAAGCUGAAAGGAGGAAGAAGGAAAAGAAAGGAAAGGCUAUUGUUCUAGCGACUCCUCUCGCUGACAAGCCGUCAAACACUGUGAAGAAGAUGGGCUUAAGGAAGGGGGCUCCAACUUUGGUGGAUGAUGACAUCCUGAUUUCCGACCCCUUAUCUAAGCGAAGAAGAUCAGAUUCUUGCGAGCCAUGCAGUCUUUCUCGGCCAUCGGAGUCUCUUGUGGCUGCUGCCAGUGGUGAUUUCUCGUCUCCGGUCGUCACGGCUUCUCCUUGUCGAGACUGCGAUGACGCGACCGAGUUGGAAUCUGGUGAUGUUGUCGGAGUUUCUGAGAUUGGGGCCAGAGGUCUUGUUGGGAUAGAUGAUGUCUUUUGGAGCACUUUGGAGCAUUUGGGACGUGAGGAGCAAGGAAGGACUUGGUGCAUGGACGCAGCUCAGCCACACACGCAAAGGACGAAGGAGGAAGUCAUCUUGAAGUCAGCCACCACCUACUCGACCAUCCGGUCGAGUUCCUCAACUCGACCGGCCAAGCUUCAACUCGAUCGAGCUGAGAAGUCAACAGUCAAACCCGAAAAAUGUUGCUUCCCCCUUGACUUCCCUUUGACCCUAAACCUAAUCUCUUGUAUUUAA